AGAAGCGGCAGUGAAGAAAAAGAAGAAAGAAUUUAAACAAAAACGUAAAAUAAAUAAAAAUUCAAGCAAAGAAGACGACCCAAAACCCAAAUUCCAUUUCUCUUCAAAAGCCAGCUCAUAAUUCCCAAAGAGGAAAGAAAGAAAGAAAGAAAGAAAGAGAGAGAUCUCCAUUGGAUCCGGUCUUCGGCGAUGAGCUCGGAGUCGACGCCGGAAUCGGCGGGGAACGCCGAUGGCGGCGGGAAGGGAGGCACUCCGUGCGGUCCGUCGGCGGCGGGGGAGAAGGGGAAACAGAAGGAGAAGGCGAGGGUGAGCCGGACGUCGCUGAUUCUGUGGCACGCCCAUCAAAACGACGCCGUUGCCGUGCGGAAGCUUCUGGAAGAGGAUCGGUCGCUCGUCCACGCCAGGGACUACGACAACCGCACUCCUCUCCACGUCGCCUCCCUCCACGGCUGGAUCGACGUCGCCAAGUGCCUCAUCGACUACGGCGCCGACGUCAACGCCCAGGAUCGCUGGAAGAACACCCCUCUGGCGGAUGCAGAAGGAGCGAAGAAACACGCCAUGAUUGAGCUGUUAAAAUCAUAUGGCGGCUUGUCUUUUGGCCAAACUGGAAGUCAUUUUGAACCGAAGCCGGUCCCACCUCCUCUGCCUAACAAGUGUGACUGGGAAAUCGAGCCUUCCGAGCUGGACUUUUCAAACUCAAAUAUCAUAGGAAAGGGCUCUUUCGGUGAGAUUUUGAAAGCCCAUUGGCGUGGAACACCAGUUGCCGUCAAACGCAUUCUUCCAUCUCUUUCAGAUGAUAGAUUGGUCACUCAGGACUUCCGGCAUGAAGUUAUUUUGCUAGUGAAGCUCCGCCACCCUAAUAUUGUUCAAUUUCUUGGAGCAGUCACUGAGAAGAAGCCACUUAUGUUAAUUACAGAGUAUUUACGAGGGGGUGAUCUUCAUCAGUACCUAAAGGAAAAGGGCUCGCUUAGUCCUUCAACAGCUAUAAACUUUGCAUUGGACAUUGCCAGGGGCAUGGCUUAUCUUCAUAACGAACCAAAUGUCGUAAUUCACCGUGACCUAAAACCAAGGAAUGUUCUUUUAGUCAAUUCCAGUGCAGAUCAUCUAAAAGUUGGAGAUUUUGGGCUGAGUAAGCUCAUCAAGGUCCAGAAUUCUCAUGAUGUGUACAAAAUGACUGGCGAGACUGGAAGUUACCGGUAUAUGGCUCCCGAAGUUUUCAAGCACCGGAAAUAUGACAAAAAGGUCGAUGUGUUCUCUUUCGCGAUGAUACUGUACGAGAUGCUCGAAGGGGACCCCCCGCUUGCAAACUAUGAGCCUUACGAGGCAGCCAAAUAUGUGGCAGAAGGACACAGGCCCUCAUUUCGCUCAAAAGGAUACAGCCACGAGCUGAGAGAGUUGACAGAGCAGUGUUGGGCUGCGGACAUGAACCAAAGGCCUCCCUUUUUGGAAAUUCUCAAAAGGCUUGAGAAGAUAAAGGAAAAUCUACCCGCAGAUCAUCACUGGAGCAUAUUCAAUUCGUAAUAGGCAGCCACAUUUUUAGAUUCAUGAGGUAACAUAUUUGUCAAUGCCGUCAUUGCCUUUUCACCUCCACAUCUCUCUUCUGCUCAACGGGAUUGUGAAUACUCAUGAUUGGGAAACCUUUGCUUUGUCACUAAAUAGCUCUAGUCGCUUGUAUCUCUUGAUUUCAAUCUUUUUACCAUGUCCAUGAACCUUCAUCCUGUAACUGGAUUCUUUUCCCUUUAUACAUUUCAAGUGUAAUUUUUUUUUUUUUUUUUUGGUCUUUGAAUUGAUAAC